AUGAAUCAUAAUUUAUCCCCAUUUCUUCCUCAAGGAAAUUUCAAUCAAAAGUUCCCUUCUAAUAAACAUAAACCUAACUUUAAUUUUAAUCGUAAAAUUUCUUAUCAACCUACUGAUUCAAAAGUAUUAAUCCUACUUUUUAGAUUAUUAGGGAUUGCUAUAAUUGGACUUUUAUACUCUUACUUAAUAUAUCCAUGGCUUACUCUUAGAAAUAAUUCUUUAAUAGACAAUUCCUCUAAUUCCUCUUCAUAUCAACCUACUCCUAAUCCAAUAAUAAGAGAUAAGAUUAUAUUAUAUCGUAUACUUGGUAAUGAUCUCCCGCCUCGCCAUAAAGCUGGACAAACAUUGAGGAAUGUGAAAUUUAUAUUAGAACAUGAAUUCGAAUUUUCAAAUACAAAAAAAUGGUGGAUUCUUAAUAGAAUUGCUGAUUCGGAUUACGAAAAUGCUUUAAUAACCCUUUUAAAAUUGCAUAAACAAGAUUAUAUUAGAAUUCCUUUUAUCGAAAAUGAGUAUUCAAAACUUGAUUUUCGUAUUGAUGACUUUCCAAUACCUGAUUUUUUCAAUUCGGAUGAAUUCAUGCGUUUUUCAAAGGUUACAAAAUUAAGAACUAUUGAUUAUACUUACAUUAAUAAAAAUUUAUAUGCUAUGAAUAAUAAUGGUGGUCGGAACGUAGCCCUUGCUCAUGGCAAAUCUCAAUUAAAUGCUCGUUGGAUUCUACCUUUUGAUGGAAAUUGUUUUUUGACACCUAAUGCAUUUGCUGAUAUUCGUUCUCAUUUGGAUCUAUUUGGUGAUCAAUAUAAAUAUUUUAUAGUGCCAAUGGCAAGAUUAAUAAAUAAUUCACAAUUGUUAGAGGAAUCGGAUGUUCGUCCCAUUACUCCAGAAGAACCUCAAAUAAUCUUUAAAUACGAUUCUGAUAAGACGUAUAAUGAACAAAUGCGUUACGGUGUCCCUCCAUCAAAUAGACUUGCUGACAAAUCAUCUAUUCCAUGGGAACCACAUAGUUUUCCUGAUAAGGCAGAGGAAGUACAAUAUAUGUCUGCUGGCUGGGUUUUUCGUUUAUUUUCGGGUCAAAUGUCACAAGAAACAAAAGAAGCUGGUCCGAUACGUUCAUUUAAUCGAUUAUUGGCUAUUCAGAACUUUAUAGAUAGUUUAGACGAGCAUAUUGCACGAAAAGUUCAAGGUUUUGAUCCUUUUCGAUUAUUUCUUUACAAUGAAACUUUACUUAAUAAAGCAAGACUGGACUUCUGGUUAGGUGUACCUAAAGUGGUUAAAGUAGUCAAAAUAUUGAUCAAACAUGCCGAUGAUAUAUUAUCUGAAACAAUUAAUUUAUAUGAAUCGGAACCUAAUGUCCAUUUGGAUGAGAAUAUUCGUGUACAUUUCUUGAAAAUCAAACAAAAAGUGUCCGAUAAAAAAACCAACUUUUAUCAAGAUUUUAUACUAGUCAACAUGACCAGAAAUCCGCACCUUGAUCUUUCUGGUCUUAUGAAGGAUUCAUUUAGAAAACCCCCUGUGCAAUCACCCAUGACACUUCCAACUGUAUCACCCGAUGUAUUCUUUGAAAAUGUAACAACUUUGACCCUUGCUCAUUAUUUUUCUGGUGAUGAACAAUAUUCAAGGUGGGCCGCUAAUCUGAUUCGAUCAUUCAUUCUUUCAUCGUAUGCAAUUGGAGAACAAGACAACGUUGACAUAGAUGUACCUUCUUAUACGAUUGAUAAUGAAACCAUUAUUAACGAAGGUUAUAGUUUUCCUUAUUUAAAUAAAAUUCCUCGAAUGAUACCAAAAUUUUUAAGUGUCGGCGCAUCUUUUUCAAAAGAUUUAUCUAGUAUCGAUCCAAGUCUUUUCCUGGAU